CAGGGUUACUCAGACCAAGAAGCUGCCUUCCUCUCUCUCACUCUCCCCUCUUGCUGUGUCGAUUCCAGUACUGAUAGGGUUACUCAGACAAGAAGCUGCCCUCCUCUCUGCUGUGUCGAUUCCAGUACUGAUAGGGUUACUCAGACAAGAAACUGCCCUCCUCCCUCACUCUCUGCUACUGCUCUCGGCUGAAGACUGUUUGCUGUAAAAUGGCGGACGGAGAGCUGAAUGUGGACAGUCUGAUAGCUCGGCUCCUGGAGGUACGAGGAUGCCGCCCUGGAAAAAUUGUACAGAUGACUGAGGCUGAAGUUCGAGGUUUAUGUAUAAAAUCUAGAGAGAUAUUUCUCAGCCAACCUAUCCUUUUGGAAUUGGAGGCACCUUUAAAGAUCUGUGGUGACAUUCAUGGACAGUACACAGACCUCCUGCGAUUGUUUGAAUAUGGAGGAUUUCCACCUGAGGCAAAUUACUUGUUUUUAGGUGAUUAUGUAGAUCGAGGCAAGCAAUCUCUGGAGACCAUUUGCCUUCUACUAGCUUACAAGAUCAAAUAUCCAGAAAACUUCUUCCUUUUGCGUGGAAAUCAUGAGUGCGCCAGUAUCAAUCGUAUCUAUGGCUUCUACGAUGAGUGCAAGAGGCGUUUUAAUAUCAAGCUUUGGAAAACAUUCACAGACUGCUUCAACUGUCUGCCCAUCGCAGCCAUUGUGGAUGAGAAGAUUUUCUGUUGUCAUGGAGGACUGUCACCAGAUUUGCAAUCAAUGGAACAGAUUCGCAGAAUCAUGAGACCAACAGAUGUUCCUGACACAGGUUUGCUUUGUGACUUACUGUGGUCAGAUCCUGACAAGGAUGUUCAAGGAUGGGGUGAGAAUGAUCGUGGUGUAUCUUUCACCUUUGGGGCUGAUGUAGUGAGCAAAUUUCUCAACCGGCAUGAUUUAGAUCUAAUAUGUCGUGCUCAUCAGGUGGUUGAAGAUGGUUAUGAAUUCUUUGCAAAACGCCAACUGGUUACAUUGUUUUCUGCUCCUAACUACUGUGGCGAGUUCGAUAAUGCUGGAGGAAUGAUGAGUGUCGAUGAAACGUUAAUGUGUUCUUUUCAGAUUCUAAAGCCUUCUGAAAAGAAAGCAAAAUACCAGUAUGGAGGUUUGAACUCUGGCCGCCCUGUUACGCCCCCUCGCACGGCAAAUCCGCCCAAGAAGAGGUGAAUAGCAAAGACAGCCCCAAGCACCUAAUCAUUUGUACACAGAGAUAGUUACAAGUAUACCAGUUCAUAUUCUAAAGUAUGUAACCUGUAAGCACCGUUCAACCAUCUGCUGCUGUCUUUGUGAGCCUCAAUGCUUGUAAAAAGAAAUGAAAUAACUAAGUCUUUUUGAAAAAAGGUUUUCCAGUAAAUACGCAGGUGUGGCAUAUUGUAAUGUAAAUCAAUGUAGUACAGUAAACAGUGCAUUUUACUUUGUUUGGGCUGGGAUGAAGGUCAGCAGAUCUACCUAAGGCUGGGUAAAGGCUAUCCUUUCAACAUUCAAGCUUUAUCUGGCAAUCCCUUUGAGUCUUGCAAUUAAUUUACUGAUUUGGUUAUUUAUUUGUGAAAUAUGUACCUGCAGAUACAGAUGUGGUAUAGGCACCACAAAGGCCUGUUGCAAAAACUAUAAAAGCAGUCUAGUAACUAAAGGCCCCAUUAAGUUCUACAGAAGUCACACUUAACUGGUGCAUGGGAUGUCACAUGUUGAUUCCAGCCUGGUACUGUUGCAUGACAGAGCUGCAACAGUACCAGCCUGGUUUUCAUUUCAGUUAUCCUGAUUUUUCUUUAUAGUUGCACUAAAGACUAGCUUUUAUAGUCUUUAAUUGCCUUGUGAUGAUUCUCCACCCUAGCUUCUGACUAGUUUAUACAGUAUUUAAUUUAUGAAGUUGUGAAGGAGAAGAUUUGAAUUAUCAAGCUUAAAGUAAAUUUAAUGCAACCUAGCAGCAAAUCUAAUGAAUUAAGCUUUUUGAAACAGUUAAAAGCCAGAGGAAGGUUCAAGGGAAUGAGAUUUUUUUUUUUCCCUAGCUCUAGAAUUAAAUAUUUUAAUAUUGUGUAGGUUUGCACACAACCUGUGGCUCCCAUGAUUUUCUGAUUUUGCGUACGCAUGCAGAACCCAAUUAGUAUCUGAGCUGUUAAACUUGGUGUGUCAUUAGUAAUGACCUUGUAGGAAGUUGAGCAAAGAGGUUCACGUCUCAAAUCUUUUUUAGUUCUAAAGGUCCAUCCCAGUCCUGAGAAUUUGCAUCAUUGUAAGUGUGGGGAGAGUGGAAAGGGGAUGCUGAUGUUUGCUUGUCUUAUUUGGAAUGCCAGAGAAUAUGAACCUUACACAUUACAUCUCCUAAAGGUCUUUUUUUUUUAUUAAACCACGAUUGCAUGAUUUACUGAUAGAUCUGGCAGCCCUUGUUUUGAUGGAUUUGUGCUUAUACUCUGAUGAUUGAAACUGUAGCUUUCCAAAGGCAAAAUUUCGAUUGUGCUGCCUUUGAGGGCUGUUCCCUUAUUUAUGUAAAUCAGUUACAAUGAAGCCUGAGGGCAUUAUUCUGUUGAGAUUGUUUUGUUAAGGGUGCUGAUUUCUGCUGUUUUCAAAUACAAUCUUAAUCCUGAUAUAAAGAUUUUGUUUCUUUUCUCUGCAAAGUGUUGCUGUUUGAUCUGUUAACCCUUGCACAGUCAUUUGUAGUAGCAAGUCUUCAACUCCUAUGAAAAUAGGUAGAAUAAUGUCAUACUUUAACUGACUAAACUCAUUUUACAUCAUAACUGAAAAAGAUGUGUCAUGCCACUUAUGAUAGAUUGCAUAAGGUGACUCUUCUUCUCUAAUGCUAUUUUCUUUAGCUUUUCUUUUCUUUCAAUGGUACUGCAUCCUUUUAAGAGCAAAGCUUUAGAUGUUGCUGUUGCUCUGGACUUUCACCCUGCCAGAGGUGUCAUGAGUUUAGGUAAUAUGUAAUAUUGCACCAUUUACUGUUUUGCACUGUGUGGGAGAGGUAUGGUGUUGAGAUUUUAUAAUACCUGAAGUAGGCAUUACAUAAAAGUUGUAGAUAGCCGUAUUUAUUUCUACAAAUCAUUUUAAGAAAGAUCAAUUGAGGAUUUAAAAGUGUAUUUGGCUUGAAACACAAACUUUUAGCGUCCAGCUUUUUCACUUUACCAUUUGAACGCAUUUUAAACUUUGUGUUAAUGUUUCUGUUUCUCGUACUCUUUCUGACUUGCUCUGUCCUACUCCCAUAGAAGAUGAAUAUUUACAUUUUAAGCAAACAGGUUUUAAAGUAGUAAAAUGUAAAUUUAGGACAUGAAUUUAUAUAUUCUGCUCCCAUGGUCCUGACUGCAAGUUCACUAACUUUACCAUAAUUAGAAUUCAAACAUAUCCCUUUUUAUGAUUUUAUCUGCUUACCCUUGGAAUCACUCUUCUUUAUAGGCUCUUAAUCGCAGUAUCCCAAGUGUAGUCUAAGCAACAACUUGUAAAUAUACCAAUUUCUGAAAACCUGCAAGUUAUAUCCUGGCUUUAUAUACUCACGCUAUUUGAUAUUACCCCAGCUAACUCUUCAAAUAUCCUUUUGGAAAUUGAAGUAAUUUCCAUAUACUCGCAAGGCAUAGUUAUGAAAUAGCCAAGAAUAUGGCUUGCAUUUAUCAGAAUUUCAUUUGCCAUAUAUCUGACCCAUCACCACCUUUCUGUGGAUUUUGUUUGUUGAAACCUGUUCUGCAUUUCCUAUUUUAUUAUCAAUAGAAAUUUGCUAACUUGUGUUUGGCUUUGUAGAUCUUGGACACGUACAAAAGUUAAUCCCUACUAAAUUCUACUUGGAAAUUUCCCUCUUUUUAGCUUUGCUGUUUUGUAAUCUGACACUGCUUCUCCCUUUUCCAACUUUUUCAUCAAUGUACUAACCAUUCUCUUGAUUUACUUUGGAUUCCUGUGAAUUUAACUUCAUAUUAAAUACUGUUUGUACGACACUUUCAGCUUGCAGAGUUCAAAUAAGCUGUUACUUGGAGUUACCACUUCUGUAUACCUUUUGGAAAUAUUCAGAAACUUACUGAGUAAGUUAUUUCUUCUAAAUGAAUGUUGGCCUUCGAUUUUUCUCUGUAGGCCUGCCUUUGACUUCUGCUUUCGAAUAGUUUUUUUGAAUAGUUUGUCUGGAGGGAGACUGGCCCCACAUGUUUCUGAUCAGAUUCACUGGCACUUUAUAACAACAUAUUCAUAUAUAUUUUCUGCUUCACCUCAUGUCUCAUUAAUUCCUCUUUAAAGCCUACUGUUUUGCUCAUCAAAUAUUCAGUCAAUUCCUACUGGUAAGUCUUGCCAAAUAUCAUUUGGGAUUUCCUGAGUCGAAGCUGUAGGUGGAUUGAUCAACCCUUUACAAUGAAUGGACUGCACUUAUGUUUUUGUAAAAUAAGAAAAAGAAACCUUUUGAGGAAAUUGAUAAUUUCCUUUCCCACCUAGGAGCCUAUACCAGAUUUUGCAUCUGCUGGUUUUGUUUUGAGCCCAUUCAUUUCAUCAGGAUCAACUAUUACAUGACAUAAGACUAUUUGGACAGUGAAGGUUGUUGAAAGAAAGUCAUACAUAUGUUUUUGUUCUGGCUUUUGGAAAGAGAUUCGUACAUAUUAAAUGUUGGAAGAACCCUAUUAACAGCAAGUUUUCCAAUAACACAAAGUUAAAACAUUGUAAUAAGAUGUACAGCUGUCACGGUAUGUAAAACAGCUGCAGAAGACCCAUGUAUGUUUUCAACAACAGUGGUUGUAGAUAAGAAUGAUAUUUAAAUUAACUUCUAAGCCUUUUUUUAAAGAAAACUGCCUGUUUUUGUUUGUUUGCUUUGACUAUUAAAAUUCUUAGGAUUUAAAUGUUGCACUUCCUUCCUUCAAAGCUUCUUCCAAAGCAUCGUGCGACAAAAUCUUGUUCUGUGCAAAAUUGUUCAGGCUACAAAUUUUCAGAAUCCACUUGUUUGUCAUUUUUGAAUAAAUUUAUAAAAACUUA